GAGAUACUCUCGUUUUUUAACGCGCGCGGCCGUUUCAGAUCGCUUACACCACGACGUCACCGCCGACCCGCCUACCGACGUAACCCAUCGCAAGGAUAUAUUCUGACAGGUAUAUAUGCUAGGACACUCUGUCUCGUUCGGAUGUACGCCAUUGGUCUCAUUCACUCAUCUCGUCGUUGCUCGUACCAAGUGCCGUCGUCACACAUGUCAGCUUACCCGUCGAGCGGUGCGCCCGUUUAUCUGUGACACAUCAGUUGUGUUCCUCUUCUCGCGGCAUGCAUUCAACUUAAGUGUAUACCGCCGUUUGCUGACAUGCGACAGGGUACCAGCCAGAUUCGUCAUUCAAAGCAGACCGUCGGUCAGGAGAGUACCUCAUUCAGGAUCCGCUGUGUCGUCUGUGACAGAUCCUGGGGCCGUCAAGUUGGAAAACGACGGUCAAGGGAACGCCAUGGGUGAUUUCCUUGCUCUUUUAGGGUGGAGUAGUCUGCGUGGCGGUACGUCGGAAGGCGUUCAGAAGGCCGGUGGAGGUGCAGUCCUCAUUUCUCAUAGUGGCUUCGCGUCCGCAGCACUUCGUCGUCUCCGCACACGACGCGUGGUUCCCGUCGUUUUCCGUACAUACAAAACUAUCCAUUCCUUCGGAUCGUCUCUGAUGACUCACCAUCUACACUUCCAGAUUGUUGGAUGUACGGCACGUUGUUCGCGCAUCCAACAUACAUAUCAAUUAUCGUCUACCUAAUACUCCUGCGUUCAAGAAAUAAUCAUCAUCUGGUGCACG